GUUAUACAAAGCUAUACUGCAAGUACUGUCAUUACAGACUAUUUAAGGCACCCUAGAACAGAAUCAGUAUCCUCUAAGCAAAUCCAAGGAAGACGACUGACUCUGGUAAAUAAGAAGAUAUUGAGUUUUGAAGAUGACAGAGGACUAUAACUGAUAUUGAAAAAAAGCAAAAAUAAAAAAAUAAAAAAAAUGGCACUUAACACCACAGGGACAACUGGCCUUAAUGCUGAAGAUAUUGAUGGUCACUCACAAUUUGCCUAUAUACAUUUUACAAUUGCAGCUGCCAUUGCUUUACUUCUGUGCCUGAUAGGCUUGGUGGGAAACACUAUCGUGCUGCGGUAUCUGUGCUUCAAGAUCCAGAAGAACACAUUUACUACUUACAGCAUCAAUUUGGCAGUGGCUUACUUCAUCUUCUUACUAUUUACUGUGGGUGUACUGAGUCUUAGUAUCCAUACAUUAACCAGUGCACAGCCUGAUUUUCCAGGGAAGGAUUCCUUGUACAUACUUAUAGAAAUAAUUUACGACAGCACAUUCUAUUCAGGAAUAUUCAUCCUCACAGCCAUCAGCUUGGAAAGAUGUAUCUCCAUCACGUUCCCUGUGUGGCAUGAGUGCCAUCGCCCUAAGACUUUGUCUGCAAUCGUGUGUGUUAUUCUUUGGUUAGUUGGCUGCUUGGUCAGCCUCUCUGAAAACUUUAUCUGCACACCAGAUGCUUUCGUGACUCCUACUUCAGGAUGCACAGCAAUUCAGCUGAUAACAUUUUCUUUAGCUAUCAUCGUCUGUCUACCGAUCAUGGUGACUUCGUGUUUAAUUCUUAUCAUCCGUAUAAAGAAGAAAUUCAACCAACAGGUCUCUACAGAACUUUAUGCUUUCAUCAUCUUAGCAGUUAUUGCGUUUAUCGUAUCUGUUGUUCCAGUUAACUUUUUAUGGCUUCUAUUGUACUUCAAUUUAAUGUCGAAAGACAUCCAAACAGUUGCUCUGUUCUUUGCCAGUAUCUACGGCACAGUGCUUAAUUGUACUAUUAUCCCCUACUUUUAUAUCAUUGCUGAAAUUAAAUGGAAAGCAACAUUCUAUAAAUCUGAAAGAGAAAGGAACACAGAUAUAACCAAAUGUAAAACAGAUAGUAUAUAAACUAAAUGAGAUAAUGUAAAGGGGUGACCAGUUAGAUAAUUUUUUUUUAAUUAAAAUUGUAUUUAUCACACAAAUGGCAUCCCUUGGUGUUCUUUUGAUUCACUUUCUGAACAUCCUCCUUAGGUUAGGGCUACAUGGCUCCAGUGGGAGUCACAUACAAGUGGUGGAACAAAAAAGUGUUUGCAAUUUGGCUGCAAUGUGCUGUUGUGCAACUAUUUUAUGGCUGUGAGGUUUCUGUGAUUUAGGAUUUGCAACAUCUAGUAGACAGAGGAAAAAUUGCAGACGUGUGCAAGAGAGUUACAGUUGCACAUGUCAUUCAUUGAAGUCCAUGCAUGCGAUUUGUGACCUGCAACCAAAAAUUCCCAGGUUUGGAAUUUUUGACUCCGUGGCUUUUUGACAUUAUUAUUAUAUGGUAUGCACAAUAUCUGGAACCACUGUACCAUCCAUAUACAACAGGAGGCUGAGGACAGUGAAAAGCUGUAAUGGUUCAUGUGACCACUGAGGCACUUCUGGUCCACAAAGUGGCAUUUAGUAAGUGAUUGUUCUUUUUCUUCAUGAUAGGUCAUCGAUAUCAGAUCAGUGGGGGUCUGACACCCAGCACGCCCACUGAUCAGCUAUUUCAGGCAGAUGCAGUGCUGGACACUAACAGUGUACCGAGCAGAAGCAAAUGGCUUUAUCCACUUUGUAGUUUCCAAUGCUGUGAACUGAAACUCAGCUCCCAUUCAUUUGAAUGGGACCUGAGCUGAGCUGCAGUACCCCAGCACCGCUCCUACAUAGUGUACAAUACUGUCUUCCUCCAGCUUUGUACACUGUAGAGUUUCUGGUGCCAUGGCAGCCCAUAACAGCUGAUAGUGGUGGUGCCAGGUGUUGGACCCCCACCGACCUUAUAUUUAUGUCCUAUACGUGGAUAUAUCAUCAGUUUUUGGAGCCCAGAGAACCCCUUUAAGGCUAAGCUGCAAGGUCACCAUACAUUCAAUUGCAACCAGCAAAGUUUUGAAAGCUAUGAGUAGAGAAAACAAGGUAGCAAGUCAAGAUCAAUACAAAAGGUGUAUAUGUUUUGUAUAAAAAAUUUGAAUGGUCCUUUGAUACAUUUGCACGGCUUACCUAUGUUCCUAAGUUUCUUUUGUAAAGUCAUGAUGAGUUGUACAUUGUAUUAGAACGAUUUUAUUAUUUUAUUAAUUAUUACAUUGGACAUUUUGUCUUUCAUUAAAAAGUGUUAACUUUAAUUAUGUAAAUCAUCAUAGAUUUUGACACAUGAUUUUUUACCAUAUAUACAGUCAUA